AUCAGCUAAGAAGCAGGGUAGUACGGUGUAUCCUGCAACGCGCAUUCGUUAAACAAAUCAAAUAAAAUAAUUGUAAUUAAAAAAAUGCUCCAGAAAACAAUAAAUGGUCAAAAACUAUUUAAUCCGUGAUCUACAUAAUUCUCCGUUUUCCAUGCCUUACUGCGAAAAAUUCACAUGCACAGUCAGUCGCACAAAAAAAUCGAAACGAAGCGAUUGAUUCUUGCACAAGAACCGACUUAUACGACGACAAUUGAAAGAAAAUUCAAGUGUGAAAAAUGUCUAUGCAUGCAAAAGUUAAGUGGACCAAAAGCAUCGCAUUGCGUAUAGAUAUUGCAUAUUGAAAAUGGAAUUUUUUCAAUCGCUAAAUAAUCGUGUAUGUUCUAUCUACAAAUUUGAAUUUAGUACAAUUGAAAAUCGGCACAACAAUAGUUAAAGAAUUUAAUGUGGUAUAUUUUUUAUAUUAAAUCUCUAAUGUUGAGGCUAUGAACGACUUUCUCAUAGGCAAAGUGUAAAUAAUUUACGUAAAAAACAUUAUAUAAUUUAUAGCAAGUAAAAGCAUAGAUGCUCUCAUACUUCCUAUUCGCUUUUUGAGUUGUAUUGCAGUCAUAUUUCCGUCCUGGACUUACGUAAAACGUUCGGAGGCAGUCUGAGUUUUGAGAAAGGAAAAAUUAUAUUGAUAUAAACUAAAAAUUUAAUUUCACCCGCAUAACGUAGUAUGUGCAGAUGCAUAUUAUUUAAAAAAAUUACGAGUGCCUAACAAAAUGCGAGUUCAAGAUAAAAGGUUUAAAACUCAAUAAAAAAAACAUGGAACUUUGAAUGUGAAAUAGUUUACAAUUAUUCAUUCUAUUAUAAUAAACUACUACACAUAAAAAAUUAAAAAAAAAGAAUAACUAAUUUCUACCCCCAAUAUCCUUUCUGAUUUGGCCCCGUACUAUAAAAUAUCUACAACGACAGUUGAGUUGAAUUAUAUAAAAAUUUUGUGGAUAUACGGAUUUUCAUAUUUAGGCGCUGUUCGUAUAAGUUCGUUCGCAGUUCGCAGUUCGUUUCGCUUCUAAAACGCUUCGUAUUCUUCUUUCGGCUAUACGUGUAACCCAGAGUUUCGCAGUUACCUUUCGUUUUCAUCUGUCGGUUGUAGUUGCCUUUGUUAGGUUCAUCAGUACUUUGGUGAUUUACACAUCUUGUUCUUAAAGUGAGCAUAUCUCCAUUUUUAUUGAGUUCCUUUCAAAAUGAGCUGAACACUUCGGUAUUGGAUCACAAAAAUUUCAUUUGGUAAGUUGUGGUGCGGGAAAGUGCAUUGGAAUAAACUGAGAUGAAUCGAGUUGAGUAACGAAAAUGAAAAAGCAAUGUGGGCAAAACUCGGGUAUCGAUGAGAAAAAUAAUUGUGUUUCCUUGUGCAUCGAGUCUCAGUGAGUUAAAUUUAUGCCAAGUUUCUCGGGUUUUUGCUACAAUAAUUGAAGAGAAAAAAAAACGCUCUCCCGACCCUUACAAAAGUAUAGUUAAAACCAAUUGGAAAUAAAAAUGGAUAAAUGCGCGUGCCAAAGAGAAAACGUUACUACCACACUCGUCUAUACUAACUAUAAAUGUUUUAAAUAAAAGUCUAAAGAAGACAUUUAGCGUUUCAUUUGUCCCCAUCAAUGUGUAAAUUUCAAUUGAAAAAGAACAUCUAACAUUUUCGUGCGAUUUAGGCAUUUCGAGUGAUCAAAGUAUAAUAAAAUAAUGAGUUUCCACAAAAUUCAAACGAAAAUGAAGUUUGUCAGUAUUGAAUAUAAUAUGUAGUUUCAAGGUUAAUCGCGUUUACAAGAGAACUACACAUAAGUAUGAGCACACUACGACUGCUCGAACUGCUUGUGGGAAUAUGCCGACACAAUUCCGUCUCUCGUUUAGCACAACUCAUUCUUAAUUGCCUGCAGUUUCUAAUUUUGGGUACUUAUCGAUCGAAUAUUCUUAACAGUUUUUGUUAGUGUCAAUGUUAAUGCAACAUAUCAUCGUCAACACUUAAAAUUUCGCACCUACAAUUUUGGAUUUCGAGUAACGACAACAAUUAACACAUAUACACCGAAUUACAUAUUUGCAUAAAAGUGCCGAUUAACGGUAUGCUGAGCGCUGCUGAAACCGCAAAUAAAAUUUUAUGCUGUAUAUGCUGGGAGUUGAAAAUAACAGUUUUGGUUACAGCCAUCCUCCUAAAAGAGGUCUCACACGAUUGGACUACGGCUAUUAAUAACUAUUAAUUUUAUGAAUAGUUCAAUUAACAUAUAUACUUAUGUUUGUAUGUAUAUCGCGUAUAUAGCAGAGUAAAAUAUUCGUAUAAUAGGCGAAGUUGUAACCAUCUGUUCCAGAGUACUAUCACCAAUAAAACUAAGAAAAUAUGAUGGGGCCAUGAGCCCGUCAUUAUUUGUAUUAAAUCCGAGUCGCAAGCGCGUCUCAAGCGGGCCUGCACCAUGCUAGCACCGCCGAACCCGAGGUCAAUAUGCGGCCAGGACCCGGGCUGGUCGUGAUGGCGCUUGCGUUUAUUUCGGGGGCUCGGCGUGGCAGCACCAGCACCAGUUCCAAAUCAUCAUCAUCGGCCACAUCAUCAUCAUCACCACCGGCUUUUUUCACCUCUACCGCAUCCGAUAAUGAUCUUGAACCUCUGACACCUUCUCUGCUAUUUCCAGCCUUCCUCGGUGGAGGCGGUGUGCUAAUAUCAGCUAAUUCACCAUCAUUAUCUAAUCAUCCUCUACAAGAUUCGGAAGGUGAAAAUCGCAAAGAGGAGUAUAACUACAUAUACAAUAGCCACUUAAACUUGCUCCCACUUGCAUCGGCAAGUGAUAGAUCAAUCCAAAGCGAUCAGCACCUUCGGUUGGAAACUCUAUCUGGCUUAAAAUCGUCUUCCCGUGCAACUAGACAAACGAGAAUAAUACGAAGUUUAAAAAUAGGUAAAAGAAAACUAAACGAAAACAGACACGAAACCGAAGUCAAACGCGGGCGCGAUCGGGAAAGUGACAGCGUGGGUAAUUCGGAAAGUGUGAUUGAUUCUGAAAGUGGUAGCGGUAGUGGAUUAUACGAUGUUGAUGACAUCAUCUCAAAUGUGGAAGCGAAAACUAGCGCCAGUCUUUUAAUUGAUGAUACCGCCGUCAAUAUUAAUACUGAAAAAAUUUCCCUACGAUAUCCUACAAAUUCUGCGGAUACAUCACAAUCUUUGGACGAGGAUGAUAUCUUAGCGUUGGUCGCCGAGGAUGAUCUUCUAUCGGAAGAAUCAUUUGAUCGACUCACGAAAUUCACAGAUGACAAAAUUGGUUAUGUCAUUAUUGAUGAUUAUGAUGUCGUAAAUGAGGACACAACUAGUGGUGUGAGUGAGGGCUUUUUAACUAAUGCUCCUGAAAAGAAACUACAAAAACCGCGGGACGUCAAAUACUUUAAAAAUGAGAAUAGUGCUGGCAGUGAAAACGGUACUGAAGAUCACUAUAAUUUUCAAAAUGAACAAGAACAUGGAAAUGAAAAAGAAAAAACUAAUGUAAAAGAAAAUGCAAUCCUUAAUAUAAGCGGAAAAAAUUUCGUGGUAAACAAAGAAAACAAGCAAAAUAAUUUACCGGUGAUUGUCGAUACUUCGUUUGCGGCCGCGUUUAGUGAAAAUGGCUUGAGUCACACCAUUGCGACGGAUAAUGAGAGCAAUACUCGAAAUAUCAAUUGGUCAAUAUUCGAAAGCGAGUCUCCACUGACUCGACUAAAUCCCUGGAUAUCUGCCUGUGACCUAGCACAACCUGGUACGGCACCAGAUUUACAGGGUCAAUGCUCUGCUGGUACAUUACCAGUAGCAUGGGUUGAUGAGGGUCCCGGCCCUCCAACUUGCCCAAUUUCGUGUGAAAAAUUAAAGAUGAGUACAGUGACGAAAUUGAAAACUAAAUCGUAUAAUAAUAACAGUAAUCUAAUGAAUAAUUAUAAAGUAAAUAUUAAGACACCUAUUGGUAACCUUAAGGAUACCGCAACAAUAAUGAAAGUUCGUCGCGACUUAAAUAAAUGGAAUAGCAACGACAGCAAUCAAACUUCUUAUGGUGACGAAAUGUCGAUUAGCACAAAAAUAUUGAAACAGUCCGAAAAGCAAAUGCUCUCUACUUCACCUAUUCAAGCAAGUUUGUUUCAAGAUCAGCCACCCGAUUUCCGCAAACGAGAGAAUCAGGCUAACAAGAAUUUUGUGAAAAGUAAUACAAAUGAGGGCGAAACUCGAGCAUCAUUUGAAUAUCCCGACCAUAACCCAGUUGGAUUAAAAUACAAAAAAAAUGCUGCCCUUGUAUUCAACAACAAAGAAAAGAAAGAAUAUUUCGAUUACAGAGAGCAACAACAGCAACAGAAGGAACAACAGUGCCUUGAUUACUUGGGCGAUACAGAGGAAACAAGUCCGGCUCACUUGUGUACAUUCAAAUCGCCCGGCGAAUUGGCGGAUCGACUGCGUUCACUACGUUUACGGCAUUGUUGUGAGCGCAAUGUCUUUAGCGCCCUACACACUCUCGCUUUAAAUGCCACCCUAAGUGGUGGAGUAGAAUGCGUUCGCACUCUCAUGGAUGUUAUGGACUUAGAUCUAUUGGCUACUCGCAUCACUUGUGAACUAGCGGAAAUUCUUUUUCGCUUCGAUUGCCGUCAAGUGUAUUCAUUAAUUCACCAAUGUGAGGAUUGUAAAGAGUCUUACCGGCGUUGGGUAUGUAGCACAUUGGUACCGUAUUUCGCUGAAGAAGGUGACAUUUCUGUAUCCCCAAGUUAUAACAAUAAUCGAAACAGCAGCAAAAUUAACAGAGUGAACAAAGAAAAUAGUAAUCAAACUUUAGUUAAGGACAUUACUACAAAUAAAACUAGUUUAUUGCUUCCUAACCUAAAUUACCAGAAUGAAUUGAAAGACUUUGCAAAUUCAAAUAGGGGUUCAGCACAACGAACCAAACGCCAAAUGAACCAAAAUCUGGCAUUUUUAAAUACAUCUUCGAUUGACAACAAUAUAGUUGCACCUAUUAGAAACCUCACGUCUACGGUUUGGAAACGGAGUAAACGAAAUAUGGAUGACGAAUGCAACCGGCACCAACAUCAACCGCAACAGGGGCAACAAAUGCGUUCACAACAACUUAAACAAUCCAAUAUCUUCAUAUCGACUGCCAUUAAUGCGGAUCCAUAUAAUGAGGAUCCAGUGAUAUCAAAAAUAAUUAAACGAUCUAAACGAAAGGUGAUAUUCCGAAAGCGUAGAAGAAUACGACCCUGCCUAAGUGUCUGCCAAACGGUAGAGCAGAAGUGCCCAUAUCUGCUCCCAGCUGAUCGAGCUCCAGCGCUGCCUACACAAUACGCCGGCGAACCAACAUUCCUUUGUUUGGAUCAGAGCAUACCAGAAACUGGUGAACAAUUGCGUAAAUCAAGCUAUGGGCCUGCCGAAUGCUGUUAUAGCUACUGUAAUAACAUCGCAGAUGGAAUUUGUGCCUCCUGCAAUGAGUUCAUACAAGAUAAAGAGAAUUUUUCUCCGAUUGUAAGUUCAACGCCACGUUUACACAAUAUCACGCUAACAGCUACUGGCCAGUAUCGUUUGGAUGCCCGUUUGGAAGCAACCUUGGCGAAAGACUCGACGAAUAAAAUGGCUGCCAGCAUAUCAAUUGCACUAAAAAAUAGAACAGCAACAGCCGUAAGUGGCCAAAUCGAUCGUUUACAAUAUUAUGCCCUCUAUGAUGGCAUCUAUUACUACGACGAGAACACGGCCGAUAUGCCAGAAGCCGCGAUCUCGGACGAUUGCCCACCAGUACCGUCGGUGACAAGUCGCUGUUCUAUACCGUACUACGCCUCAUCGGCGGUGGCCAUCCGCUUACAACAAAAAACAGUACCAAAAGAUGUAAGUGGACACCACAUGCUGUUAUUGCUCAGCGCAAUGCUGUGUUUGCUGACGAGUCAAACUGCCGCAAUUCAGUUAAAAAGUCAGACACACCCGAAUCAAAAGCUGCGUAAAUACAUACUGCAGAGUUCAAAGCAUUUUUAUGUCAGACAUUCCCCAUCUAGGGUGAGGUACAAACUUUCUUCAGCUAUAUUUGCAACAAAUGAAUUCAUUUACUUGGCUGAUCAUUCUGCCAUAAAACAAGAAAUUCAAAAAAUAGCCUGGACCGUCAGUUCGUUGGAAAACUUCACAGAACCCACCAUACUCUAUAUUAGUAGUGAUAUUUACGAAAUCAAUACGAGUAGCAUCAGUCGUAGCGUCCAUGAAUGUGGCAGAUUUAUACAUUGUUGCAUUGAGAAAAACCGCAAGAGUGGUAAUACUAAGUGUAAAAGUUCAAAAGAAAUCAAGCAAAGAAAUCAAGAAUUAAGUGGACAUCAAAAUCGAAAUAGAUUAGUAAGCGUAAAUAAAACUACAAAUGGUAAAUGGAAUGGGAAGAAAACAGCGUUCAGUACAGAAUAUGGUAUAUUAAAUCGAUUAAAUGAGAAUUACAUUCGUAGUACUAAGUACAGGGGCUAUGUAAGGUAUAAUUAUGUUCAGAUGAAUAUAGGAAAUAAUAAUAAAAUUACAUAUAGAUUAAAUAGCCAAUUGUAUUUUAAUAGUAAUACUAAAAUCUAUCGUAGGAAAAAGAGUAGUAAAAUUAGAAAUUUUAAUAUCGCUACCAUGACAGACUAUACUAAAUAUCAUAAAAAUGAUGUAAUUGAAAUAACAACAUCAAAUUUAAAUAAUUAUCUAAAAACAAAAGAAAACUUAAUUUAUUGCAAUUACACAAACAAUUGUAAGUCUAAUAAUAAGGUUAGCAUUGACAGAUUUUAUUUUAAUAAUGCAGAAAAAAAUUAUCAGAUCAUUUACUACUAUAAUUUCAAUAUUAAUGAUUGGUGGCGGCGAUGGUGGCGGUCCCCAUGGACAUGGUCUACUCUGCGACAACCCCUUGUCAUAUUAUAGUUCCCCGUGCUGCCUUUUCAAAUAACAGCGUUUGAUGUCUCUGUACUCGCAAGAUUUUCAUUUCAUGCUACUUUUCAUAAAACUCUGCACUAGUUUUUACAUUUUCCACGUUAGUGUGAACAGCUUGUCACAAUUCUGACUUUGUUCUUUAAGCUCAAGUUUUCAAAGCACUAUGAGUUUUGGCUGAAAAAGUAGUUGUCAGAAGUCUUGAUGGUUGCCUACAAUAUUAGGAACAAGGAAGACAUUGAAAAUAUGAAAUACUUCGUCUUACUACUGGCGUCUAUAUACAUACCUACAUAUUCGCUACAUGUAUAUGUACAUGAAAUGAAUUUUCCUAGUGUAUGUUUAUUGUUUCUGCCCAUUUAUCAAAUGAUUUUUUUUUGCCAUACAGUGUUGUAGUUUGCAUCAUUCGGGCAGUAAAAUUUCAGUAGCUGUAAACUACUUCUUAACUAGUAGAAAUCAUAAUCCUAGCCAGUCAGCUCACUUUUUCCCAAACAAGUACUUAUAUAAAGAUACAAAUUUGUAAAAUCAAUAGCUUUGUAAUUGAUUAAGCCACAUAUUUUUCGAAUAAGUUCGAUUCCGUUUUCACUGUACAACUACUAUUGAAAUAUAGUGUCAAAUUCAAACAAUAAAUUGUAAUCAAAUAUGCAAUUAUAAUAUUACUUAUUUAUAUGUAUUUUUUUUUAAGAAGUCAAAAUGGAUGCCGCAAAACUAUCUUUGUGUUCAAGGUGCGCAUUUACAGAAGACAACUUUUGCUGCCCAAGGACGCCGACUUGCUCGUACCCCAGCAACACGCUUUUCGACAUUCGUUUUAGUUUUGAAAUACUUUGAGCGUUUGCAAUUGCGCUCUAUUCGAAUGCGUAUUCACAAUAUGUUAAGACAUACAAAUAUGCAACAAAAGUUUCCGUGUAUAAACCCGGACAUUCACACCUUUAUUGAUUAUCAUUGCCUCCUUUGCCUGCUUUGAAAUUUACCCAAAUUUAAUAGUAUGCUGGUGUUUGGAAUAUACAUAUGUAUGUAUGUACUUAGCGUGCCGACACAGUGGACGCUUAAAACCGAGCCGAGCGCAUUUUCCCAUUUACCUGAAAGUGCCAGCGGAGGCUCAAAGCCGAACCGAGCGCACAGCUAAUUUCGAUCAGCGCUGAUUUUAGCAGAGUAGAUGCAAGAUUCAGCGUUGACUUCCGCACAUACUUUGCUAUUAUACGAGUACUGUUUUGUUUUGCUCUGUUUCUUGUUCGUAACAACUUCUUAUAACCACAAAUGUUUUAGCUCGAAUAUAAUUUUAGUUAAAACUAGAAAUAUAAAUAAUUAAUUAAAGUUCUGUGCGCAAAAAAUAAAUAUGGAUUCUGAUGAAUUAGAGCAUUCCAUAAGUUUUCCCUUGAAAAUAAUGAGGAAAGUGUGAGAUCAACAUACAAAUGAACUAUGCAUCAUUCGAGUCGGUGCCGAAAAACGAGCAACUUCGGCUUCAGCUUUGGUCAGCGUCCACCAUGCGAGUGCCUGUGCAAUUUCGUAUGAAAAUACACGUAUGUAUGUACAUAGUUUUGAAGCUUAAUUCUCGCUUUCUUCAGCUUUGCGCUCAGCUAGUCUUUGAACGUCAGAGUUGCUUGCACCCUUACAUGCAAUUAACUGUAGUAUACACAGUUACAUGGAACACAAAGAGGACGGCAAGCGACAGGGAGCAUCUAUCAAAUAUUUAAAUUGCCAAUAAAAUGUGAAAUGUAUUAUUCAAAGCUCUAACAAGCUUACCAACGGAGGCAUAAAAUAGCCUCUGAUAUAAGUACUUGUAUCAUGUGCAAUAACAAUUGAUCAUUUAAAACAAGGCAAUCGGUCUGUUAUUUUUUGCACAAAAAAUUUCAAUUUGGUCAAAACACUUAAAUUUCAUUCAAGUGAAUAAUUUUAGUACGACAGCAGGGAAAUUGUGUACAUCAACUGAAGAUAGCUUCAAGACGACAUUUGCAGACAAGAAAAUAUCGCUGUCGUGCAGUGGCGUAGCUAGGGAGGGGCGAAGGGGGCCGUCGCCCCGGGCGCAACGUCUUGGGGGCGGCAAAACGGUCUUCGCUGUUUUUUAAAACUCCAAUUCGGGCAAAAAUUCCUGAAAAUUGUGUCAAAAGUGUACAAGAUAUGGGGCGAAAAUGGGUUUUUUAUGGCUUUUAAUAAGAUGUCUUGUAAAUUUACUAUCAAUUUCCUCAAAAACCGUAUUGCGAGAAUUUUGGAACUUCAGAAUUUGCGUGGCCUUCCUAAAUUUUAUAUACUUAAUAUCGAAGAUAUUUAGGUAGGUAGAUAAAGGGGGGCGGCAGAACAUCCUUGGCCCCGGGCGCCCGAAGUUGUAGCUACGCCACUGCUGUCGUGCAGUCGUUUAUGUGUUCAAAGCAAUAUUUACACUGGAGCUGAUGUGAGCGGUGGCUGGAAUAUGAGGAUUACAGAAAUAACUUAUGGAAUAGGUGCUUUGAAUUUCUCUUUAAAUUGUGCAUUUGUUUUGAAUGGUAUGAAAUGGAUGUCAUUAUCGUAUAACUAUGAAUGUUACAAUGGGUCUAAAUAGAGAUAUUCUCGUAAACAAUAUACAUAUAUUUUUGUACAUUUAGAUGUACAUACAUUGCUCACAAACACAUUAUAAGUUGGAAUGGAAAUUCAGCACAUACAUACAUAUGCAUACAUACAUACAUACAUACUCACUGACAUUGUAAAUGAAUCAACAUACAAGUACGACUAAUCCAAAGCAAAAGAACAAAAACUUCACUUGCAUAGAUAAAUAAAUCAUAUUUUAUUACAGUUAGAAAUAAACUGAAGAUAAUAUAUAAAAAAUAAAAUAAUAUUUAAACCAAAAACUGCCAAAAGUUUAGUUUUUUAGGUAAAGCCCUAUUAUAAGUACUUUAUUAAAAUAAAAGAAAACGUAAAGAAACCGAAAGCCAAUAUUUAAAAUAGUAAAAUUUACUUGAUUUAAAUCUAAAAAAUACUGUAUCUUCAACAAAUAAACACAAUAUUAGACUAAAACUACACACACACACACACACAAGAGCAAGCAAAACAAAAAGUAAAUGAUUAUUAAAACAACUUAGAGACACAUUAAGAACUAAAUAAAGGAGCAAUGUAACACACAACUACCGACUUGAAACUUCGGAAAUGCAGAAUUAUGGUUACUAAUGCGACUUUAUAUACCAACACAUACAUGCAUAUAUACAAUUGUUUUCGUAACAAUAGAUUCAAUAAUAACUAACGAAAAUGAAUAUAAACAAGUCAAAGCAAAAAAAGUCUUUAAUAAAACAUUAUUAGCAAUUAAUUGACAUAAAUUUGUGACCGACGAGGAUCAAUAUCGUAGGCACAUUUCUCGAGAAAUUAUCACACAUAUGUAAAUAAUUCAUAGUAUGUUUGCAAGCUAUCAACAAUGCAGAUUAUUCGGAAAAGUAAAUAGACUCAGCCACAAUUAAACAAAUAACAAUGAGAUUUAUUGUUGUUAUGUGAACAAACAAAAUCGAUAUAAAAAGUAUAAGAACAGCAUUUUUAUUUAGUUUUAAUCAAUGAAGCGCACAGUAAAAGUAUAAAUAAGAAUUAUUGUAAAGGUAAAUGGUAAUAAGAUUAAUUUUAUAACAAAACACCGUCAAUCCAAAACUAUAAUUAAAAUACAUAUAUAAAACAAUGUAUAAUAUACAUAUACAUAUAAGUAUAUAUGCAUAUAUACAUAGGUGCAUAUGUUUAUAGAUAUAUGUAUGUAUAUAUAAAUAACAACAGCAUAGUAAAUGCCAUAUAAAACUAUGUAUACACCUAUACAUAUUUGGAAGGGAAUACGUGUUGAGUAGUUAAAAAAAAAAAACAAAAACAUUUUUGUAACUGCAUAAAUCGUAUAAAUUUGGUGGUGUAUUGGUAUUACUAUACCCAUAUGUUACUUCAAAUUGUGAACGAUCGUUAUUUGCUGCCGAUAUAUGUACCUAAGUACUAUGUAAAUUGAAUAUUCUUCACCGGAAAAAAUAUUUAUCGUUUCUGUAAUUGAAAAAUUGUAAUAUUUUUAUAUACUGUAUAUGGAUAAAUGGAAAGACCUCGGUUUGUCUCUUUAACAUCCUAAAUUCAAAGUGUGCAUGCAGUUAAAAACUUUUACAACCGUUACACAUCUUUGCACUUAUGUUGUUGUAACUCAAUUGACAGGCCUUCAAACUUGCAGAAUUUGUUUUCAAUAUUUUAAUACACAUGCGCUCUUUUAACACUAAAAACACAACGAUGUUGCUCCGGCAACACUAUUUAUGCUCUUAAAUCCUAUUCAGUUGGGGAAAAAUUUGUUUUGACAACCCGUAGCUUCGUAAGGAAUGGAGGCGCAGGGAAAGACAAAAGGUAACGGGUGGCUUGUACCCGGGCCCACGCUCUGUGUUCUUCUCUGUAACAGUUCUAAAUUAAAAUAUUUUGAGUGUUGAGUAAACACAGGAAAAUAAUACAAAGCAAGUAAAGAAGGACUAAGUUCGGGUGUAAGCGAACUUUUUGUACUUUCGGAAUUCGCUAAGAUCAAAAGCGUGUCCUUGUUUAACGAAAUCGUCAAUGGAUUACAAUCAAAGUAUUUACGGAAUUUAUUAACUUAUAUAAUGGGUUGUCAAAAAAGUCUUGCGGUAUUUUCGCUAGUUGGCGCUGAAAGCGCGUAGUUCUAGUUUUAUUCGUCGCAUCGGGUCAUGCUAUACCAUUUUGGAAAGCUCAUUUCACGCGCUAACACGUGUUUGUUGUAAGCCACUUAGUUAUAUUAUUAUCUUAUCCUAACUUUCGCGGUGUUUGGGUUAAAAUCUAACUAAUUAACUCAAAGGAAAACUUCAACGAAACUGGCUAUAUAUAAUAUAUUGGGCAUGUGAGCAUCAACCAGAGGAUCGUAAAUCAGUAUAUAAGUGAUAAGGUCUAAACCAAUUUCAUUCAUAUUCAGCACUAAACAUACUUUUAAGAAAGUUUCUCCACCAAUUUUCAUUAAAAUAUCACUUGCAUUGACUAAUAAAUACGGUUUAUGCUUCAAUUAAAGUCCAAAAGCAUAUAACAAAUGUUUAUUGAAUAUAUUUUGACUGCUUGCGUUAACGGUUAACAUUAAUUAAGUGUUUCCACGCAAUUUUAUUAAUAAUUCCUUGACCGCUUUCACACAUUACCGGCAUUAAAGAAGAAAGAAAGAAAGAUAGAUGUAUAUCUAUUGUUAUACGUUUAUUCAUGCCACUCCUUAAUGCGAUUCGUAGUACAAAAUUAUAGCUUUAUAUCCUCUUGUGAAGCUUAGCUAUGGUACAAUAGGUUUUCGACUAAUCGCAUUUUGUGGGCGUGGCAAUGGUCCGAUUCCGCUUAUCUGCAAUACCAACCUUCUAUGGUGCCAAGAAACUUGUGUGUCAAGUUUUAUUAAGAUAUCUCUGCUCUGCUUGCACAGACGAGCGGCUAUUUAACUCAAUUAGUUUUAGGUGAUACAAACAACCGAUAGAUGAACAAAACUAGAUACAGGGUUUGUUCGGAAAGUAAUACGACUGUACUUCGGAGCGUGCGCGCACCGACUGGAUUCGGUAGAGCGCGUUCCUAGCUAGCUAGGGUCAGGACAAACAUUUUCGUGCGACGUAUUUCUGUGAGUGGUGCAAGCCGAAAAUGCAGCGUUCGUUAGAGCAGAGGUACGCGAUUAAAUUCUGGAUGAAACUCGGUAAAUCUGUGACAGAGACGUUUGAUAUGAUCAUGCAGGCUUACCCAGAUGUUGCUUUAGCAAGACGUGGUGUGUUUCGGUGGCAACAAAACUUUUUAGAAGGCCGGAAAGAGGUCGCUGAGGAAAACCGGAAGAAUGGAAAAAUCUAAACUGAAAAGGAGGUUCAUUGUUUUUUCGACAUUAAAGGAAUCGCCACCAUGAAUUUAUUCCUCCUGGACAAACCGUCAACGUGGAAGUCCUCAAGAGACUCAAACGAAGGUUCAAGCGGGUCCGAAAAGACAUCGCAGCCGAUUGGAAGUUGCACCACGACAACGCUCCGGCUCACACCACCUUUCACCGUGAACAGUUAUCGAACCAAGGCCGGGAUCCCAACGCUUCCCCAGCCGACCUACAGCCCAGAUGAGGCACCUCCGGACGUUUUUUUUUUGUUUCCUUGCUUAAAAAGGCCGAUGUAAGGGAAUCCAAGCAGCAUGCACCUCGGAACACAAGGCUAUUCCGGAGAAUGUCUUCCGUGACGCCUUCAAUGCUUGGAAAUCACGUUGGCAGCGCUGCAUCGACGCAGGAGAAACCUAUUUUGAAAGUUUUCAAAGAAUUGUAACGAUUUUUUUUAAAUCGACUCAAUCCUAUUACUUUCCAGACAAACCCUGUACUUUAUAUGUUGCAAGAGUAUAAUGGAAGGCUGAAUAAUUACGCGAUGCGAUCUGGUCGGUGUGAAUGUAUUGAGUGGAAAAACUUUUACUUAUAUACAUACUACAUAUGACACUUUCUACCGUUGAUGCCAACAUUCGUUUCCACUGAUUCAAAGCGAUUUUCUAUGAAAACGAACAAAAGUUUGCCUGCAAACCAAGAGUAUGAUAAACUACUAUUUUAAACUGACAGAUUACUUUAUGAAAGAAGUGCAUACGAAGAUAUUAUACACAUACAUAUGUACAUGUGCCUAUAAAAAUAUGUCAAUGUUAGCUAAAAACUAAAUUUGCUUUACACUUUUCUGUCUUAAAAUUAUAAUUUUGAUUAUAUGUAUGUUUAUGGAAUCGGCACAAAAUUUUCAAAUUUAUGAUUUUACAAAAUUUUUAACUUCGAAUUAUAAUUACAGAAAUAUACACAUUACUGAACAGUCCAUAUUAUAUAUGUUUUAAUGACAUCACAUUUGUUAAAUUUAAGUUCCGCGCAGGCUGUAUACGAUACAUACGCAUCCAAUCGAUACAUGCACAGCUCAUUUCACUUCGACCGUUAACAUUUUUAUUCAAAUUUUCUGUGGACGCUAUUGUUCAAGUGGCAAAAAUGGUAGACCUGCAUGUGUACAUAUUGAUAUUUUUCAAUUACUUGUAGCUUCAUAAAUUAUUGACAAUAAAAGAUUAUCGCAUAUUGUAAAGAAGGUUCAGAAAUUAUAUAUCGAAUCAGUAUAUAUAUAAACAAUAUUAAUUUUGCAGCUCGAAUGGUCAAAUCGUUAAUUAAAUUAGCUUCUAUUUGAAAUAAUGAAAAUCACAUUCGUACUUGUAUAUAAAUAUAUGUAUACCUAUGUAUGUAUGUAUAUGUUUAGCACCAGAAUCCUCUUUUGAUUGCUGGCUAAAUGCCAGCCUAAAAAUCAAAAUGGUAGAUGUAGUUACUGUAAUAAUUAAUUAUCACAAUAAUUUAGUGAGUUUGUGCCAGAUAUUUAUUACGGUGAGCCUUUCAAAGGAAUAAUAUAUGUAUGCUGGGAUAUAAUUGUUUAUAAUGUGUUGAAUGUAUUUACCAUUCAGCUAGAAUCUGUUGCUAUUUAAUAUACCAUACAUUACUGUUGAGUUCUAUUUAUUUGGGUGUUUUCCUUAUUUAAGCAGACAGAUACUAUUCCAACUGACUUUGUAUAUAGUUUGAUCCAUACGCCUACGUUUCCUAUACAAAAAUUACAAUAAUAAUUUUGUUUCAGGUUUAGAUGUAGUCGUUUUGUGAAUGUACGAUAUUCCAUAAUUACUUUUAAUAGUGCCCGUUGAUUUAUGUAUGUUGCUGUUUGUAUGUAUGUGCAAAGCUGUCGGAUUAUGUUGUAAUUUAAAAUUGACACCCAUUUUAAAUGAUUGAUAAUUUCCAUAAUAUUGACUUCUCGAUUUGACUCGAUCGCUAAAUCUGAAAGACAAACACAAACCAACAAUUCAAUACAAGCAGAAUGCAAUGCGAUGGAAGCGAGAAAUCGACUAGAAUAAACAACAACUUGUUACGAGAUACUUUUGUAUAACUUUUGAUAUAAUAUAGUUAACAUGAAUAGAUGCCUAAAUAAUAAAUUAAUAUUAAUUUAUUGUAUUAAAAUUAAAAAGUAAUGAUAAAAAAAAAACGUCAAUGACAUGUAAUAAAGUUAAUAGUUGCAGAAAAAUCGAAAUUUUAGGUUAUUAGAUUUAAAUGUUUAGACGAAGACAUAAGGGAAGAGCUAGGGUAGAGAGUGGUUAGUCAUUAAAUAAAUAAAAAUGUCAACGAUUAGUUAAAUUACGAAUUGAAUUACUUUAAAUCAUAUAAAAAUAACCUUGCGUACAAAAAUUAAUACAAAAUAUAUAUAAAUAAUCAACGGAAUAGAGUUGCUUAAACGUGAUUAACUACGAUUGGACCGACUACUACAUACGUACCUAUAUGUACGAGUACUAAAAUAAAUUUGGGUGAAUGAGAUGGUAGCACGAAGAAUGCUAAAUGAAAGAAUGAGUCGCUUUGCAAGCGACCGUCAAGUUGCACUUUUGAUAACACACAAAACAAUAGUUUGUUUUUGUUUUAUAUUUCAGUCAGCCUACACUGCAGGCAAUGUUAUUAUAUUGUAGUUAUUGUAAUUAUUUCCACUUAAACUUAAUUAAAUUAAGUUAGUUCAAUAACGAAACACACAGUCACAUUUACAUAUGCAUACAUACACACAUAUACGCACGGAACAAAUUAAACACAAACACAUUAUCAGAGAGCGGAAACGAUCAGUAAAUGAAAUAACUGAUAUUGAAAUUGAAUACAUAUGUACAUUUGUAUAUCAGAAAUUGAAUCGAUAAUUACAAUGCAAAAAACGUAAAUUUCCUUGAAGUAAACACGAUUUAGGCAAUUAAACUUAAUGUAAAAUUCAAUUUUAUAUCCUAAACACAGACAGGUCAACUGUUGUAGGUCGAAUAAAUUCAAAGAAAAAUUGUCAAAUUUAUUCACAAUAAAAAAUAUACAGAAAAUUAUUAAUAUAAUACUGCAUAUAAAAAACUUAUAAAGGAAUUUCAAUGGGAAAAAAUUGCAUAUUGAUGCGAAGCGGAAAAAAGAGAAAGCAUGAACAACAUUGUUUAAUAAAAAAAAUUUUUAACAUACAUACAUAGAUAAGAAUUCAGAAAUUCACGAAAGAAUAGAUUUCUUUGAUUGUUAUAGAGCAACAAAAUGAUAAAUUAUUGAAAUUAAUAAAGUAACUGCAUACAAGUUACGAAAAAUUAAUAAUUAAGCAUAAAGCAUAGUUGAAAUGUGGUAAAAAAUACGAGACAAACCCCCAAAACCAUGAACUAAUUUAUAAGAGAAAAGUAAUAAUUGAACACAACUAAUUGACAAAGUAAUAAAAAAAAACCGAAAUCAAUAAAUAUUAAAGAAAAUAUAAUUAUUGUAUU